AUGCACAACAAGUGUUUCCAGCAUGGCGGCUUCAAGCUCUGCGCGACCAACGGCUGUCCACGAAAAGCAAAGCGGUACGGACAUUGCUGGUCACAUGGCGGUGGACGUAUUUGUGAGAUUUACAGGUGCGAGAAAGUGUCGGCACAGGGAGGUCUGUGCUGGGCACAUGGUGGUGGUAAUUGGUGCAAGCUGGAGGGAUGCAGCCGCCGAUCGUAUCAAAAGUACGGCUACUACUGUGUGGAUCAUGAUAUAGUGAAAAAGGGCGAGAUGGGUGUGUACAGUUAA